AUGAAAGAAAAAUCAGGGAUCGUGUAUUCGAAUGGAAUACACAUUUAUUGGAAGUAUCUUGAAGGAUCCAAUGUUUUAAGGGUUAAUGCUAAUUAUGCAAACUAACAAAAAAAAAAAAAAUCUCUUUUUACUCGUGUAUGGCUUAACGCUCACUUUUCUCCUGUCUCUGUAAUCUCUAACAGUUUUCAGACUACAAAACAUGGCAUUGUAGACCCCAUGUUGUCCAUAUGGGGUCAUCAACUCUUUGUUAAUGGCGAUACCGAUCAGUAAGUGAUCUAUAAAGUACACUUUUCACAAUAUGUAUUUUAUACAAUAUAAUAUGCAAUGCCUUGCGCGCUACAUAUAUAUACAUAUACAUAUAUACAUAUACAUAUAUAUAUAUAUAUAUAUAUAUAUAUAUAUAUAUAUUGAUUUUUUCGGAUAAAUCUUUUUUCGACACAUCUUUACUCACACGGUGAUAGUUCUUUAAACGCUCAAUCGAUUGCUUCAAUUUUCAUUAGUAUAUUUUUAUUCUUAAAGCUUAUUAAAUAUGUACGCGGAUCACACACACGUUUUCUCCAUAUUUUCGAUAUUAAUGUCGCAGCAUAUUUACACAUUUUGUACAAACAACUGUAUGAAACGGACUGUAUGUCACGCUAAUAAUCCGAUUUCUUUUUGCAGAAUUGCAAAGACACUUUGCUUCAGCAAUAGAGGCCACGGCUUGUAUCUCUCGUCGCCAACUGAGAUCCAAAAGUUUUCCGUAUCCAGUCAAUUUUGGUACGAUUUACUCUCGUUGUAACAUCGCCGAAAAUAUCAAUUUGAAAGCUGAAAAAUUGAAUCCUAUUGAUCGUUGAUUAAUAUCCACAUAUAUUUACUUUAAGCAUAUAACCUUUGAACAGGAAUAACAUAUAAAUAUAUGUAUUGAACGUAUGCUUUUAUAUAUUUAUAUAAUAACAGAAAAUAGUAGGAUAACGAAGUAUUAAUACGUUAUUUUUUUAUUUCUCCAUAGUACAGAAUAUCAACAGUGAUCAACUUCAUUUAAAGAAACGAAUGAAACAUGAGAGAAUUUUAUAUAAAAAAAUUAUUAUAAAUAAAAUUUUAUAUAAUAUUGCACGAUGUAUAAAUAGAAUCUAGAAAGGACAUUCGAAUCUCUGAAUUAUCAUUCUCAUUUUGCUCGUAUUAUUUCCAGUGGUGAAUUAACUGAAAUGAUGGGAGAUUUAUUCAUUGGUCACGAUAUGCCUGAACCACCAAAAGAAAGUUUCUUCAAAGGCCUCUUUGGUGGUGGAUCGCGAAGCCUCGAUAGAGAAGAUCGUGUAUUGACAAUUCAACGCUUGAAUUCUACGCUGUUGAUGUUAUUAUUUUCAGUUGGCGAAUCAAGCGGCCGAGCAUCUCGCACGGUGGCGAAACAUAUACCAGGACCGAACGCAGGAGCGGAAGGUCUUCGUGAACGCGUGACAACGGCGACGGGCGAAGUGAAUAUGGCACACCAGAUGGUCCUCGAGCGAGGUGAGAAGUUGUCGCAGCUGGAGGAGCGGACAGCGCGUAUGAUGUCCGAGGCCGAGGGUUUCUCGCAAUCUGCUCACGGAUUGAUGCUCAAGUACAAAGACAAGAAAUGGUAUCAGCUAUGA